ACACGCGCCAAAAAUGCAUCACAGCACCCUGGGCAAGUUGUUUUAGAAGGUCAAAGGAAGCGACGCACCCAGGCCCAGAUCGAAGAAGACAAGCGUCAUGCCAGAGAAGGACAGGCAGUCCAGGAAGCUGCUGUGCGACAUGGAAUCAGCCGAAUU